AUGGUUAAGCCUCGUGUCGCUAUUAUCGGUGCUGGUUCAUCAGGAUUAGCGUCCUUAAAACAAUGCCUUGAUGAUGAUUUAGAUCCAAUAUGUUUCGAACAAGCAUCUUAUGUAGGAGGUCUUUGGAAUUUUGUGGAAAUUGAUGGCGAAAAUAAAGAUCC